CUUCUGACACUUUGUGUCUUCUUUGUGCAGGUCAUGGAAGGACGAGAACUACCUUGGCUUUUGGUAAAUGAAAUUGGUGGCAUACAUGGGAUACUGCAUAGCCAUGUGCCAUUCCUGAAGAAACAUUUCCACCUCAUCACCAUGAAGGAAUUUCUUGAAAACAGAAAGGAUGUAGGUAAAAAGGUCCAAGCAGUCUAUUUGUGGUGGCACAAACCAAUCAUCGACAAAGAGCUCCUCCAGAGCCUGCCAAACUUGAAAGUGAUUGCGAAUUCGGGAGUGGGGAUGGAUCACCUGGAUCUGAAGCUUGUAGCUCGCUUUGGUGUGAAGAUGGCUAAUGCUCCACGUGCUGUUUCCAGCACCACAGCAGAUACUGGGAUGGCUUUGCUGCUAGCGUCUGCUAGAAGACUAGUGGAAGUCCAUAACAUUUCAAUUUCUCCAAGCAUGGAGUACUGUGAAGCUGAUAUUCUGGGAGUUAAAGUUGCUGGAGCUACUCUGGGAAUCAUUGGCAUGGGCAGCAUUGGGUAUAAGAUUGCUCUAAGAGCCAAAGCAUUUGAAAUGAACAUUUUGUACCACAACAGGACACAGAGGAAAGUGCAAGAGGAGCAAGCUGUCGGUGCCACUUAUUGCGAAAAGAUAGACAGCUUGCUCCAGCAGGCAGAUUUUGUGAUGCUGGUGGUGAGUCUGACACCUCAGACAUACAAGCUUAUCAGGAAAAGAGAGCUGGAGCUGAUGAAACCCACAGCUACGCUCAUUAACAUCAGCCGAGGUGCAGUAGUUGACCAAGAGGCAUUGGUGGCAGCUCUGCAGACUGGUGUUAUCCGGGCCGCGGCUUUGGAUGUCACCUCCCCAGAACCACUGCCCAGAGAUCAUCCAUUGUUAAAAUUAAAGAACGUCAUUAUAACACCUCACCUCGGCAUUAAAACAGACAAGGCCACCUACAUGAUAACAGAGGAAGCAGUUGAAAACAUACUAGCAGCCCUGAGUGGUCUCCCCCUACCCAGUGAAGUGCUCCCUAGCUGAUGUGUGAAAGGAUAUUUUUAUUCUUUUUUUUUUUUCUCUUUUUAUUAUUAUCUUUCCCUUCCACAUCAGCUCUAAAGAUCUUUUUAAAUACAAGGAUGUCCAUACACCUCACUAAAGUUUGGAAGGAAACAGUUUGCCAUCCUCUCAGUUGUGUUUAUAUACUUUCUGUUGUCUAAUUCAAGUCCAAAAGACAAACCAACACACAAAGUGGCAGUGC